CCACGCUGUCAUUUAAGAACAAACAUGAAAAGUGAGCGCAGGAAGCCACAUCCUCUCGUUUUAAUAUGGGCAGGGCAUAAAAACAUGACCUGUGUCUCAAAUGACAGUGCAACACAAACCGCUGCUUAUUGCUCCAUAGUGAAAGCAGCAAUCUCGCGCUUUGGCUUUAAAUAAACGAAGGACUCGCUGCUCGAUUGCUCUGGUCUGGCGCGAACAUGGCAGAUUCAGAGGAUAAUGUUACAAUUCUUCACUUGAAGUCUCUUCUGCAAAUGGACCCUUACCUCAAACCCUUUGAAAAGGACUUCCAGAGGAGGUAUGGGCUGUUUGAGAAGCAGCUCGCACUCCUUGAGGAGGCCGAAGGUGGCUUUGAUCAGUUCACAAGCAGCUAUAGGAGUUACGGAGUACAGCGGAUGCCAGACAACAGCCUCUUCUUUAAGGAGUGGGCCCCGGCCGCCGAGGCUCUGUUCCUCACUGGAGACUUCAAUGACUGGAAUAAUUUUUCGCAUCCCUACACUAAAAAGGAGUUUGGGAAAUGGGAGCUGCACAUGCCCCCAAAAGAGGACAAAACACCUGCUGUCACUCAUAACUCCAAGCUGAAGGUGGUUGUUCACACCAAAGCCGGUGAGCGACUCUACCGAAUCUCUCCUUGGGCAAAGUAUGUGACUCAGCAUGAGAAGUCCGUCAUCUAUGAUUGGGUACAUUGGGACCCUCCUCAACCUUACAUUCACAAGCAUCCUCGUCCACAGAAGCCCAGGAGCUUACGGAUAUACGAGUCCCACGUUGGCAUCGCUUCUCCUGAGGGCAAAGUGGCAUCCUACAGCAACUUUACACACAACGUGCUGCCCAGGAUCAAAGAUCUUGGUUAUAACUGUAUUCAGAUGAUGGCGAUCAUGGAACAUGCAUACUACGCUAGCUUCGGUUACCAGGUCACGAGUUUCUUCGCAGCAUCAAGUCGUUUUGGCACCCCAGAGGAACUCAAGGAGCUGAUUGACGUGGCUCACUCUCUGGGUAUCAUCGUCCUGCUUGAUGUGGUGCACAGCCACGCAUCCAAGAACACCGAGGACGGGCUGAACUGCUUUGACGGCUCUGACUCCUGUUUCUUCCACAGUGGGCCCCGUGGAGUACACAGCCUCUGGGACAGCAGACUCUUCAACUACUCUAGCUGGGAGGUCUUGCGUUUCCUCCUGUCAAACCUGCGCUGGUGGACGGAGGAGUACAGAUUUGAUGGAUUCCGGUUCGAUGGAGUCACAUCUAUGCUCUACCAUCAUCAUGGGAUCGGAACAGGAUUUUCUGGGGAUUAUGCUGAAUACUUUGGACUUCAAGUAGAUGAGGACUCUCUUGUGUACCUCAUGUUGGCAAACCAUAUUUUGCACACUCUCAAUAAAGACUGCAUCACUAUUGCAGAGGAUGUGUCCGGUAUGCCCACCAUUUGCCGUCCAGUCAAAGAAGGAGGUCUCGGUUUUGACUAUCGCCUGUCCAUGGCCAUUCCAGACAAAUGGAUUCAAAUCCUUAAGGAAUUCAAAGACGAAGAUUGGAACAUGGGAAACAUUGUGUUCACGAUGACCAACAGGCGAUACGGCGAGAAAUGCAUCGCUUACGCCGAGAGCCACGACCAGGCCCUGGUGGGAGACAAAACGCUGGCCUUCUGGCUGAUGGACAAGGAUAUGUACACCAACAUGAGUGCUUUGAUUCCAAUGAACUCCGUUAUUGAUCGGGGGAUCCAGCUCCACAAGAUGAUCCGACUGCUCACCCACAGCCUGGGAGGGGAGGGCUACCUGAACUUCAUGGGCAAUGAGUUCGGCCAUCCAGAAUGGCUGGAUUUUCCACGAGUCGGCAACAAUGAGAGUUAUCAUUACGCCCGCCGGCAGUUCAACCUUCUGGACACGGAUCACCUGCGUUACCUUCAGCUGUACGCUUUCGACCGAGACAUGAACCGCACGGAGGACAAGUACGGCUGGCUGGCUGCUCCCCCGGCUUACAUCAGCGCCAAGCACGAGGGAGACAAGGUGAUAGUCUUCGAGAGGGGUAACGUCAUCUUCAUCUUCAACUUCCACCCAACCAACAGCUACAGCAACUAUAGAGUCUCUGCGGGGCCGGCGGGGAAAUACAAGAUCAAACUGGACUCGGAUGAAACCCAGUAUGGAGGCCAUGGCAGACUGGAUCACGACACCGAUUUCUUCACUGAGCCAUUGGAAUUCAACAAUCGGCCCAACUCUAUGAUGGUUUACAUUCCCUGCAGAAGCGCUAUUGUUCUGGCCAACGAGGAAAUCGAUUACUGCUAGUGAAACCCAAUCUGCGAUUCACCGCGAGAUGGAAAGCCAGCGCGCUUCAACCUACCUCCAUUCACAGCGUGUUUGCCAUCAUCCUUUAGAAACCACACAUUUUCCCUGUGAACUGCCACCAAAACUCAAUUGAGUACAAGAUGUUGUGAAUACCUUCUAGGCCAUUUCAUCUCAGGUAACUUUUCCUGUCAUUGUUCACACAUUAAUAAUGAAGAAUAUCACACUGGUCUAACUUAGAUCAAGUUUAAUCCAAAUCAAUAUAACCCCAAUAUUUCUGUUUUUCAAAUGCCUAGGUUUAUUUGUUUCAUAAAGAUGCAUCUUGCUGUGGUUAAGUGUGAAAUUACUAUUUAAAAGUAAAUAAUGUUGAAGUUAAUAAUCACUAAAUGAUAAUUGGCCAGUAUUAUAAGCAAUAUUUGUCAGCACUGUAUUUGUAUUACCGUAAAUAAUUGUGAAAAGUAAAUAUAAUUAAUUGACAAUAAGUGUGAUCUGUCUGCUAUUUAAUUCGAAUAUGACUCAAGCA